AUGGCGUCAAGAGCGAUCGUUAGGAGAAGGAGUAUCAUUUCCGAUUACUUGAGUGUCUAUGCUCGCUCAGCUCAGAGCUUUCAGUCUAUUGGAAACUCCGCUCAGAGUGUUGAUUCACAUGCUUAUCACACCAUCAACCGUCCUCCUGUUGAAUCCAACAACCGUGUAGCCGAAACCAAGUCCUUCACAGGAAGAGAUGGUCUUCUAUUGACUUCUAGGAACGGAUUUUUCGAUCGGAGAUACCAUGGUUCUCACUUCUCGGCCACUGGAUCCGGAAGUUUGGAAAUUGUUCCUUCUCUGGGGAUGAGAUAUAUGAGCAUAUCCAUUCGCAAUGCUACUACAGUUGCAGCUAAGAAACCGGAAGAUGAGGAGAAGAAAGAGGACGGGGUUGCUACAAGCAGGAAAGAGGCAUCUCCUGAGGAAUGCGAUCAAGCUGUUGUGAGUCUGAGCAGUCUUAAAGCAAAGGCUAAAGCUAAACGUCUACAAGAUUCCAAAAAGGUUGCUCGGUCGAUAGCACAGAGGACAUGGGCAUUUUUUCUGAAGAUAGGUCCUGCUUUAAGAGCUGUUGCCUCCAUGAGCAGGGCGGAUUGGGCAAAUAAGCUCACUCACUGGAAACAAGAGUUUGUAUCAACACUGAAACAUUACUGGCUGGGGACUAAACUACUCUGGGCAGACACUAGAAUCAGUUCGAGAUUGCUGCUCAAGUUGGCUGGUGGAAAGAGUCUCUCCAGAAGAGAAAGGCAGCAGCUAACUCGAACAACAGCUGAUAUCUUUAGAUUGGUGCCAUUUGCAGUGUUCAUCCUCGUGCCGUUUAUGGAGUUUCUGCUGCCAGUUUUCUUGAAGCUCUUCCCUAAUAUGUUACCGUCAACUUUCCAGGACAAGAUGAAAGAACAGGAAGCAUUGAAAAGGAAAUUACUUGCAAGGAUGGAAUACGCUAAGUUUCUUCAGGAAACAGCCAAAGAGAUGGCCAAGGAAGUUAAACAUUCAAGAACUGGCGAAGCCAAGAAAACUGCUGAGGACCUGGAUGAUUUUCUGGACAAGGUUCGAAGAGGUCAAUUAGUCCAAAAUGAUGAAAUUUUGGGAUUUGCAAAGCUUUUCAACGAUGAGCUUACUUUGGAUAACAUUAGCAGGCCUCGCUUGGUUAGCAUGUGCAAGUACAUGGGGAUUAGUCCCUAUGGAACAGAUUCUUAUCUGCGAUAUAUGCUCAGAAAAAGACUGAGGAGCAUUAAAGAAGAUGAUAAACUGAUUAGAGCCGAGGGUGUGGAUUCCCUUUCAGAAGCUGAGCUACGUGAAGAUUGCAGGGAACGCGGAAUGCUUGGGCUGGUUUCAGUUGAAGAGAUGAGGCAACAGCUUCGUGAUUGGAUGGACUUGUCACUUAAUCAUUCUGUCCCCUCGUCGUUAUUGAUCCUAUCUAGGGCAUUCACGGUUUCUGGAAGAGUUAAAGCAGAGGAUGCUGUCCGAGCUACUCUUUCUUCACUUCCCGACGAGGUUGUGGAUACUGUUGGUAUUACUUCUCUGCCAUCUGAAGACCCUGUUUCUGAGAGAAUAAGGAAAUUAGAGUACCUUGCGAUGCAAGAAGAACUGAUCAAGGAAGAAGAAGAGAAAGAAGAAGAAGAGCUUACAAGGAUUAAGGAUGUUAAAGGUGCUGAAGAGGAUAAGGCACUGCAAGAGAUGACCAUUCCAACGGCCAGCGAAGCACAAGAACAGGCCAGAGCUAGAGUUCUUGAACAGCAAGAUGAUCUUUGCGAACUUAGCCGGGCAUUGGGCGUCUUAGCUUCCGCUUCUUCGGUAUGCAGAGAGCGAGAAGAAUUCUUGGGACUGGUCAAGAAAGAGAUGGAGUUCUAUAACACAAUGGUCGAGAGAGAAGAUGUAGAUGGUGAAAAAGCUGCAAUGAAGGCAUACAAAGCAGCUAGAGAAGAUAAUGAACAAUCUGAAGAAGUAGCUGAAGCAGACGAGGUUUCCUCUGCACUAAUGGAAAAGGUUGAUGGUCUGAUUCAAAACCUCGAGAAGGAGAUUGAUGAUGUGGAUACCAAAAUUGGCAAAGGGUGGCAGCUCCUUGACAGGGAUCGUGAUGGAAAGGUCACACCUGAUGAAGUUGCAGCUGCUGCGAUGUACCUGAAAGACACACUUGCUAAGGAAGGCCUUCAACAACUAAUCAGUAGUCUCUCCAAAGAUAAAGAGGGAAGAAUCAUGGUGGAAGACAUUGUAAGGUUGGGGAGGUUGGGAAGUAAGCCAGAAGAAAAUGCCACAGAAGAAGAAUCAAAUUAG